AUGGUUACUAAUAAAAAUUUACUACAUGAACUCUUACAACAAGACCAAGAACCAUUUCACCUCAACAAUUACAUCUCCAGCCAUCUUUCUAACCUCAAUGCAACUUCUAUCAAAUCCAUAAAAACAGAACCCAUAAUCCAAACACGAAAUUUUUGCAUCAACCAUGUUUGUUUUUACUCUUUUAACGAUUCCCCUGAUGUCCGUAAAUCGCCAUUUCUUGAUAUCCAAAGCCCAUUUUCUAAAACCCCAUCAAAAACCAAAGCCAUGUUACUUGAUGCAGCCAUGAGGAUUCAAAAAAACAAGAAGACAACUUACAAACCAAAACCCGAAUCACCUAUUUCGAGUUUCGGGUUAUUUCGAUCGAUUCUUAAGAAGUUAAAGGGUCGAAAAGCCCGAAUUAAACGACAGGGAUUAGUUAGUACUAGUUUAGAGUGCAGGGUGCAAAUGAUGAAUGAUAAUGAGACUUCAUGUACUAAACUUGAUGAUUUAAGUAAUGAGAUUAAAUCUUGUUGGGAAAAUGAUGAAUUUACUUGCCCUUUAAGUCCUUUUCGAUUUUCUCUUGAGAAAAGUCAUGAUUCUUGUCCACGGACACCUGAUUUUCUAUCUCCAGCGACUUCUCCAGCUCAUCACUUACAGCAGGAUCAUGAAGUUGAUGAAUCCAUAGAAGUCCAUUCACACGAAGAGGAUAAAGAACAAUGCAGUCCGGUAUCAGUGUUGGAUCCCGCAUUUCCAGAUGAUAAGGAGGGACACGAUUUUGGAGCCGAAGAGGACAAUGGUUACAAUAAUCUCGAAUGCAUAUAUGCCAAUGUACAGAGAGCAAAACAUAAGUUGUUACAAAAGCUUCAUAGAUUUGAGAAGCUUGCAAAGUUGGAUCCAAUCGAACUAGAAAAACGCAUGUCAGAACAAUGUGAUGAUGACAUACAAGAAGAAGAAGCGACUAAUGGAGUCGAUUUAAGUGACAUAUUGAACGUUUUAAAUGUCAAGGAAAUCCCAAUACACAUGAAUAGGCUCAUAUCAGAUCUUAUCGUUGAAGAAACAAAAAAUGAUGCGCAAUGCAAUGUGAUAGUUCAAAGGGUACGUAGUAGGUUGGAGUCAUGGAAAAUGGUCGAAUCAAACACGAUAGAUAUGAUGGUGGAAUUGGAUUUUAGAAAAGAGAGAAGUCAAGGGUGGACGACGUAUGGUGAACCUAAGAUUAGGGAGAUCGGGAUGGACAUAGAAAUGGCAAUUUUUGGUGUGUUAAUGGAGGAAUUAACUCAAACACUUGUAAUUAGCUGACUAGUUAUGUCUUUAGUCAGAAUUAAUGUAACAUUUUUGUACAAGGGAGAAUAGGAU